UUAUUGAAUUUUACUGAACUGAACUUAUUUUUACUGAACUAAAAUUAUUUUUACUGAAUAUUAUUUUUUAGGGUGGAGUGAGCAGGGCCUAACUCUCAGUGUCCCGAAAAGUAAAAAAAAAAAAAUAAAAAAAAAAAAUAGAAAUGACAGGUGUAUAAUCAUAAUGAACAUUUUUACGAACCGUGAAUCCUCCGAACCGUAAAACCCUUACUGAGGCUUAACCACUUCAGCCGUGCAAUGCUAGUCCAUCCAGCCAACAAGAACCUCACCCGCCUCGUGACCUAAAAGUCCCGGCUCAUCUUGCUGAACCAAAGUCCAAAGUCCAAACACACAAGAAAUUAAUUUUCCAGUUUUCUGGGCAGAACAGAAUAACAGUUUCACCUUUUAAAUCACUCAGAUAAAGGUGGUGGGGAGACAUCAAAUUACUCAUUCAUCACCCAUAUUAUUUUUUAAGGUUUCAAUUACUCAAGCUCCACAGUUUCUGUAAGAUGCAUGUUUAUCAUAUGUAUGCUCUGGACUUCAUCAGCUUGAACUUCAAAUCUAGAUCCUUAUGUGAUGAGAGAGAUGGAAGUUGCUAAUUGAAGCACAUUCAGUCCCUGUCUCCCUUGGCUAAUGAUUCUCCCUCCUGGUUCUGAAGAUUAUGCAGAGGCUGUGCCUUAAUGGUUUGCUGAAAUAUCAUUAAGGUCACGAUGGUUUCUGUUUUCCGCCACAAGGUUCUUACUACCACGAAUAUCUUUCUUUCUAUUGGCAAACCCACCAAACGCCUUUUAAGCCAUCAGUUAGUGGUGGAUGACCCAAAUCAUAAAGUUGCAAGUUCUCUCUGUGAUUCCCUCCGUAAAGGCUUGAAUUGGGACUCCUUGAGCAGAAAAUAUGAUUCAGCAAGUUUGGAUGAUCCUAUUAUUGAGAAAGUACUUCUUGAGUUCAAGGAACCCAUUGAGGCAAAACGAGCUCUGAACUUCUUUCAUUGGGUUGCACAUAACAAUAAGCUUGGCCAUGGACUUAAGCAUUACUGCAUCACCAUUCAUAUUUUAGCCUGUGCACGUUUAGUAAAUGAUGCCCGCAGUUUGUUAGAAUCCAUUUUGCUGAGAAAUGAUGAGAUUGAGGUUAAUAGUUCUUUGAGAUUUCAUAUUGUUGAUAUGCUUCUGGAUACUUACAAGAUAACCAAUUCGUGUCCAUUUGUGUUUGACUUGUUGGUGCAAUCUUAUAGCAAGUUAAGGAUGUAUAAUGCUGCCUUUGAUGUUUGUUGUUACUUGGAUGAGUGUGGAUUCUCUUUGAGUCUCGUCACCUUCAACACUUUGCUUCAUGUCAUACAAAAAUCACCAGAUGGCAGCAAUCUGAUAUGGGAGGUUUAUGGCCAUAUGAUUCAGAAAAGAACAAACCCAAAUGAUGCAACAGUAAGAAUAAUGAUCAAUGCUUUGUGUAAGGCAGGAGAGCUGCAGAAAUAUAUGGACAUAGUUGUUAGAAUUCAUGGCAAAGGGUGCUCUCCAAUGGUGGCUGUGAACACUAGUUUGGUUUUGAGGAUGUUAGGGGAGGGGAGAAUUGAGAAAGGACUUGUUUUACUGAAAAGGCUGUUACAGAAUAAGCUGCUGCUUGAUGAUGUUUCUUACUCAUUGGUUGUUUAUGCUAGACUAAGAUGUGGAGAACUAAGCUUGGCACGAGAGGUGUAUGAACAAAUGCUGAGUAGUGGUUUUCUUCCCAACUCAUUUGUUUAUACUCUUUUUAUUGGAGGCUAUUGUGAGGAGGGAAUGGUUGAAGAGGCACUGAAAUUGAUGGAUGAAAUGGUAAACAUGGAUCUAAAGCCAUAUGAUGAUACUUAUAACUAUCUUAUAAUGGCUUGUGCUAAUAUAGGGGCCUUAGUGGACAGUUAUCGAUUUUGUGAAGAAAUGUCCGAAAAAGGUUUGCUCCCUGGCACUACAGCUUUUAAUGAGAUGGUAGGAAAGCUAUGUCAAUCAGGAAAUAUGAAGCAGGCCAAUGAUAUGUUAACUGUUUUGAUGGAGAAAGGGUAUUUGCCCGAUGAAACAACAUUUCUUCAUCUGAUUGAUGGCUACGGAAGUGAGAGCAACUUUCAGGAGGUUCUGAAAUUAUACUAUGAAAUGGAAUUUAGGUCACUGUCUCCUGGAUUACCAAUUUUUACAUCACUGAUCAAGACUUUGUGUAAAUGCAGAAAGCUGGAUAAAGCAGAUAAGUAUCUGACCAUCAUGAAAAAACAGUCACUUAACCCAACCAUGUGCAUCUAUGAAUCACUGAUAUCUGCUCACCUUGAAAAUGGUAAUAAAGAAAGGGCUCAUCUUCUUUACAAAGAGAUGAUUCAGAUUAAGGCUUAAUCAGCCAGUGGCCCCUUAGAAUAUAUUCUGAAGAUCCCAAUUCAUAAAAAAUUUGAUUGUUUUAAUAUUUCAUGUCUUGCUAAAAUGGAGGAUGCUAAGAAUAUGCAAACUCAUCAACAUCUUUUGUCUUCCUCUGCUCAUUUAUGCAUACUGGAAGCAGAAAAUAUUGGCAGGCUCAUCACAGGCUUUUUCCACAUGCAAAUAUCAAAUUAUACGACUGAGACCUGAAUUUUCAUGUGCCCUGGCUCUUAGUGCCUGUCAAGGACGUUAACAGAUAGUAUCUGUGGUUUUUUCGCUCAUCUUUUCAAGAGACGGAUGGAAUGUGUUGUAUACUUGUAUGAACAAUAAAGAUUGCAGUUAGUGUUUGUGAUCAAAGAAUUGCUCAUUGGGCCCAGAUAGUGAAGUUUAUAAGAGGGGAGGUCGGAAUUAAAAUAAUACCCUGUAAAGUUUUGUUGCUGCGCCAACCCAGAGCAAAAGACAUUAUACUGGUCAAGUGGUCAGCAUUAGUGGGCUUUCAGGUUCCAGUCAAUCAAGAGUCAGGACAAAAGAGAAUUGGUUAAGUGGUUUAACUGCUGCCCUUACAAUAUUCAGUUUGCUAGUGGCAAUGUAAAAAACAACUUGCAAAGUACAAUUCUUCAGCCAUCAUAAUCGACUUAUCCUUUGUGCAUCAUGUGGCCAUGUGUGUUUUUUUUCGGAGGGGACCAUUUGAAUAUGAUAUAGUAGAAGUUUGCGAGGAGGUAAUUGAUCUUUCGCUAGUUAAGGUUACUUAUUGUAUGAAGCUAUUUGACUUCUGCAUAAACAAUACCGGAGUACUGUACUUUUUGGUGAAGUUAAAAGAGCCACUAUGGACAAAAUGUAGACAGGAUUCAAUCUCAUGUUUUCGGCACUGUCUCCCCAAUAUGUCAACUAUCUAAAGUAUCGACGAGGGUGCGAAUUACAUGACUACAUCGAAUAAGGUGAAACCCUUGUCAACUAAAUAUACCAAAUAUUACUCAGUUAUCUAGUCCGAUUAUUUAUGUAUAUUCACAUAUUGUAUUCUUUUAAUGCCGAUUGUCAUUGAACCGUAAGAGUGCCAGUUUACAGGACAGGUAAUAACUUACAAUUGACCAAAUCGAAUACAAUACACGGUUAUA